AUGGAUGUAGUUAAACCAGCAAAAAGGGUGAAGUGUGGCUAUAUUUGGACUGGAAGCUUCAGGCCUUGCUGCUGCUCUGCUGAAGGAGCAAGAAUUGCUGGUGCUUCAAGGAUAAUUGGUGUUGAUUUAAAUGGAGUAGAAGAUUCGAGGAAGCAACUCAUUCAUGAAUUUUACCUCUUUUCUACAGCUAAGAAAUUUGGUGUGACAGAAUUUUUGAACUCAAUGGAUUCUUUCCCUAAUGGAUCAAUUUGCAACAAAAGAAAAGAGGCAUCCAUGGGUCAGAAAUUGAUAAUUAUUUAUUGGAUUCUUGAUUGCUUGAUCGGACUCUCAGAGGAACCUUCUUUGGAAACUACAAGCGUCAUCAGUCGUCCCGGCCUUCCUUCUGUAGUUGAGAAACACAUGAACAAGGAACUUGAAUUGGAGAAGUUCAUCACUCAUAAAUCCCAUUUGCUCAGAUCAACAAGGCUUUUGAGUUAA